AUGUCCUCGUUUGAACUGGAGAACGACUCAUUCUACAUUUGCACCGAGCUCGCGCCCCGCUGUUAUAUUGUCCAAAAGGCAAUCCAAAUCGAUCGCGGCCAGCUGGAGAGAAUGAUCGGGGAUAAGGAGACGAAGAGGCAGCAACCGGCUGAGCAGAAUAAUGCCGAAGCUCCGCCCCCUCCCGUGUUGCCUUAUUGCCCAUCCCCUGUCCCACAGGCCCCGGAUCUACGCUCGCAGCUCAAAUUCCAGCUCGAGUACUAUUUCUCAAGGGAAAACCUGAUGCAAGACAGAUAUCUGCGCUGCCAGAUGGAUUCUGAUCAGUGGGUGGCGAUCGCUAUUAUUGCGAGCUUUCGGAAAAUCGUGCAAUUGACGACGGACUACGCGACGAUACUUUCUGUGUUGAGGGAAUCGACAAUGGUCGAAGUAGAUGCAAAAGGCGAACGGGUACGGCCGGUCAGUCGUAGAUGUACAAUUAUACUCCGUGAAGUCGCUGAGGAUCUGGCUGAUACUGUCGAAGAAAUGCUGAGCGGUGGUCCACCGUAUGUCUCUCUCCGCUAUGGCCUCAACAAUAGUUGGUACGUGACGUACAACAGCGAAGAAGAUACGCAAACCGCCUAUCUACACCUCCAAAAUAGUGGCGUGACGAUCAAUGGGAAACCGGUUUGUGCUCGAAUCAAGACGGGCGGACCUCCUUCGGCUGAUAUUGGCCAUCAGGAGAGAUGUGCAUCUUCUAUUCCCCCGACUGCUCCUUCGCCCACCAAUGAUAUGAUGAGUGCCCCCUCCACCGGUUCUUCUCCCCAACAGCAGCCUCCAAUGCCGAGUACACCCCAGUACUCUCACCUCUACGAUUUGGGCAGCGUAUUGGCCGCGUACGGAUUUGUGCCGAGAGCUACUUAUCGCCCUGGUCAAACGCUUGUCCACGUUGGGAAUGACGGAGCGUCGAGUACAUGUUCCGCCCCGGCAGCAUCCGUCGAUAGUAUUGCCUCGACAAUGUCUGGAGCCUAUAUCUCGACACCCACCACUGUGAAUGCCGCCCCGAUACCCUUGUACAGUCUUCAUCCGGUGCCUCGUCCUCUUCUAACAACCAUUACUACGAGAAUGGAGCUGUUGGCGAGGGAAGGAGAGGUCGUGGUGGUCGAAGCGGAGGUCGUGGCGGAACUGGCGGAAGCGGACGCGGCUCGUUUUAUCAAACUUUUGCAACUGUAUAUUCUCCAAAUCUUCUUCGAUAUAAAGAUGUGCAUU